UUCAUUGUUUUUUGACGUUUGUGUGUCGCAACUAAAUGUCACUUCUUUUUAAAUUCGCAGUAGUCAAAAUUUCGGUACUAUCCACAAUCUAGAUAUUCCAAAAACCACCAAAAUGGAGAGCCAAUUUCGCAACUAUUGCAAUCCUUGCAGAUGCAGCAACAACUACAUUUACUCCGAAAGCAUCCCCGCUGGAGGUAGUACCUUCAUCCCUUACACUAAUCUAAAUCCAGAUAGCACUCCAUCAAAAACCCGAUCGAGACCUUCGAGCGCCAACAGCGUGAAAUCACGCCUCAGCAAAAAAACCUCUGGUGAUUCUUCCAAGAACGCAUCAUCCGACUCGAAAAUCCUCAAACCGAAUAUCCCGUCGAAGGUGAAAGUGAACGUUUUGAAGAAAGCGAAGAAGGAAAAACCGGUGGUGGAUUCAGACGGGGCGAAACUGCUCAAAGAGGAACUGGAGGUGAUCAAAGAGCAGCUGUAUUUGUUAUCGGAACAGAGACAAAACUGUCCGCAAAAUUGUGCGAAGAGCGACGAGCUUGAAUGCUUGAGGGAGCACUGUGAGAAUCAGGAGAAAGAGAUACAGGAAUUGAAGUGCAAAAACGCUAAGCUUCUCAAGAAAAUUAAGAAGCAACCGGUGGAUGAUAUAGACAAUGCGAUAACGACAAAGUCGCGUUUAGACGACUAUGAGAAAAAACUGACGUUGUUGUACGACGAGUUCGUGGAAACGUCCAAAGUCAUGGAGCUAAACCGGGAAAGAAUCUGUCGCUGCAUUAAAGAAAAAUCAGACGAAUACGAAGAUAGAAUAAAGUCGAUGUCUAAUUCGAAAACGAGCCAAGAGUCUGUGACUCAAGAGGUUCCAGAGACUUUAGAAGACACAAGCAAGUACGUUGAGCAAAAUUCAGUCAUGGCACAAACUAUACAGAAACUAGAAUCUGACUUGCAUCAAGCUCUUCUCGAACUGGAAACAUCGCGCAAACAAGCAUUAACAGCAGAAAAAAAACACCAAAAAGAAAUCACCGAAAAAAACAAAGUCUUCCUCUUAGAAACACAAAAAAAGACCAAAGAAAUCGAAGACCUGAAAGCCAAAAUCCAAGAAAAUAAAUCUUGUCGUUGCAACCCUUGCAGACACAAAUUAGCCGCCACGAACAACGAACUCCAAACCAAGUACGACCAACUAGCCCACAAAUACAAACACAUGGUCGAUAAACUCAACAUCUACCAACAAAGUACCAAAAAGAGGAACGAAGAAUUGCAGAUGCUAAAGCAGCAAGAAAGUAACUUGCUUGCAGAGUACGUAAAUCUGCAAGGUUUCUGCGAACAACUCAGAUCUGUUAUCAGCGAACACAAAGUCACCAUGGCUCAACUCAACAGCGCGGUACACGAAAGAGACUCGGCUCUCCAGUGUCAACGAGCAGAACUGGCUUCCAAGAACAAACAAGUCGAACUGUUGGCCAAAAGUGAAGAUCGGUUGAAGAAGAAGGUCAUCGAGCUCCAGGAAAAUCUAGUCAGUAUGACGGUGGCGUCCAAUUCCAUCAAACGCAGCCCGAAUACCACUACGCUGUGUGCGGAGGAUUGUUCCAUACAUUUGACGCAAGAACUCGAGGAUUUGAUUAACGCUCUGUACGAAGAAAUUGACAAAACCUUAGAGAAGGAUGAGCAAAUCCAGAAACAGGCCCGCGAGAUUUGUUGCUUGAGAUGCGCGAUGUCUGCCAAAGACACAGAACUGAAGUCUCUUCGUACCCAACUGAAAAUCCUUCAACGUCGUUUCGAUUCGACGGUAAAAGGAAGAGAAGCCAGUUUUCAGGACGCUGCGGAUGAAGCUGCGGAGUCUGCAGAAGAGGACUUUAGUACAGUAGAUUUGUAAAAAACCAAAUAUUGUGACUAAGCUAUUUUGUAAUGUUCUGUAAAUAAAACUAGCUUGUGGUUUGAA